AUGACUAUAAUAUCACUUCUCAGACACAAAAGAGCAAGCAACACAGCAACCUACAGCUGGAUGAAUCAUUUUAAGCCUGCACCUCCCAAAGCUAUUACAAGAAUUGGAACAAGGCGCCCACCCUGGAAACCUGAUUUCAUCAGAAUUCUUUAUUUGAGCUCUCAGUAUAAAAGUUGCGCAGAUAUUUUGAACAAACUACCGAGUGUAAAAGGAAAAGAUGGUGUAUAUGAGAUAUAUGUGGCCAAUCAAACAAGGAAAGUGUUCUGUGACAUGACUACGGAGGGAGGCGGUUGGACGGGCAUCCAAAAAAGAAUCGAUGGAUCUACGGAUUUCUAUAAAACCUGGGACGAAUACAAAAAAGGAUUUGGAAAUCCUGGCACUAACUAUUGGAUUGGAAACGAUGCAAUUCAUAUUUUGACGAAGGAGAACCAAAUGCUUAAGGUUGAACUUCUAAGCUUUGAUGGCGAGAAGGCCUAUGCUACUUACUCCACAUUUGAUGUUGGGGAUGAGGACAGUAAUUACAAGCUCACUAUAUUUGGUUAUACAGGAACAGCAGGAGACAGUUUGGAAUGGCACAACGGAAUGAUGUUCUCCACAAAAGACAGAGAUAAUGACGUGAAAUUCGGAGAUAACUGUGCGGUAGACUACCACGGAGCAUGGUGGUUCAGAAACUGUCACGACUCAAACCUAAACGGGCAGUACGCCGGAUCUGCUCUGUAUAAUGGCAAAUACCCGGUUUGGUAUAAUUGGAAAUCUGGUAUAGCAUUAAAAGGGACCUUGAUGAUGGUGAAACCCAAGAAUUAG